AUGCAUGGGCUUGCCAUGGGACCUAUUUACUCAUGCCCCAAGACUGUGUUGGGUCCCGACUCUUUCAUGCUUAAAAACCCUACCCCUGUCACAAAAUUCUGGUUUUGUGCCCGGGAGGGUGGGCAUGACCCCAAGAUAGGAGUCAAUACUGUCCCCACAGGACCCGUGGAAACAGUAACUCAAGACCUAAAAAUGAUUAUGUCACGGUCCCUCCCACCUGCUCUGUUUGUUCGGCUCUGGACACCCAGAUUAGAGGCCGGUUCUGGUCCCGGAGGAACCCAGAGAUCUCAACCAAAGAUAUUGAUGUACAUCCCGGGGUGUGCUGAAGCCAGCUCAAUUGAGAUCCAGACAAUCGUUAAAUUUUCAGAGAGCAAUCUCGGAAAUCGGGCAAAGGACCCAGUUCUUCCUAUCCCGCCUUGCCCUCUUCUGGGGGCGGUCCCGGGGCCGGGGGUUAGUCGGGCAGGGAGCUCGGGUGUCACGGCUGGUCGUCGGUGUGGGUGCGGUAGGGUCCCGGAGGUUUUCCCGGACCCGCUCCCGCCUCUUCCUUCCUUCCGCGUCUUCACUCCGGGCAGCCUCGGCCGGCCGCCUACCCUUCGGUGCGUUGUCCUCUCGUGCAGGCUCGCGUUGCUUUGGCGGCGGCAGGCCGGCGCUGCUUGUUCGUUUUGGAGGACCCAUCCAGUUCUGUCCUGUAUAACUGCCACUAAAAGGACUGGAACUCCUGCAAAGUUAUCUGAGCAGCCAUUUGAGCCUAAGCCUUACUGCUCCCUGGCCCUGGCCCUUGUGGGGCAACUGGGGUUAAGUGACUUGCCCAGGCUCACACAGCUACUGGAAUCCAACAUAGAGAAUCUCUUCUAUGGGUAUGGAGUCACUAGUCGUCAGUAAUCUCAGUGGAACAUCCAGAAUUGCCGAUGUAAGCUAAGACCACGUGCUUUGGCAGAUUACUGGUAUUUAAAAAACAACUGAUGUGGACCAUACUGGUACAUCUUCAAAAGAACAAUGGACUGGAAUGCCAAACCAGAAGAUA